AUGGGCUACGGGCAAUUCUCGUUUUUGCUCUUUGUCUGUUUCUGUCAGCUUUCUUUUUCUUCAUCCAUACCUCAUCUGUGCCGCAAAGAUCAAAGCUCUGCUCUUCUAAAAUUCAAGAAAACUCUUACUGUUGAUCCCUCAUUAGUUUUGUGUAAUUUCUACGAUUAUACAAGUUCAUGGAAUAUGAGCAUAGAUUGCUGCUCGUGGGAUGGAGUGCUAUGCGAUGAGAUGACUGGCCAUGUCAUUGAACUUGAUCUCAGUUGCAACAGUCUUGUAGGGAAGAUUGAUUCCAAUAGCAGCCUAUUCCAACUCUCUCAUCUCCAAAGGCUUGAUCUUUCUGUGAAUAACUUCUCUAAUUCCAACAUCCUGCCUGAAUUUGGCAGGUUCUCGAGCUUGACAUAUCUUGAUCUUUCUGACUCCUAUUUCUCAGGUCAAAUUCCUUCUGAAAUCUCUCAUCUUUACAAGUUACAAUCUCUUCUUCUCUCGACAUCUUAUAACACUGUGCAAAGACUCGCAGCCCAUGAUUUUAGGUUGCUCCUUCAUAAUUUGACCCUAUUAAGAGUGCUUGAUCUUAGUGGUGUAAGCAUCUCUUCCACCAUUCCUCUUAAUUUUUCUUCUCAUUUUACAACGCUGGUGCUUGGGCAUUCAGAGUUGUAUGGAGUAAUACCGGAGAGUAUUUUUCACCUCCCCAAACUAAAAAUACUUGACUUAUCCAUCAAUUAUCAACUCAAUGGUUAUUUCCCAAAGACCAAAUGGAACAGCAGCGUAUCUCUCACAGAUUUAAAUCUCCAAGGAGUGAAUUUUUCUGGUUAUUUGCCUGAGUCUCUUGGUUAUCUAACGUCACUGAAUAAUUUGUUUCUUAUUUUCUGCAAUAUCUGGGGGCCUAUUCCUGAAUCUCUUUCUAAUCUCACUCGCAUAGAGUAUAUGUUCCUUGCAGGUAACUUCCUAAAUGGAACAAUACCAUCAUCGAUAUUCUCCCUUCCUUCACUAACUGAUUUAGAAUUGAGUAAUAACCAUUUUUCUGGUAAGCUUGAGGAUAUCAAGUCCAAUUCACUAUUAUCUAUUGAUCUAGGCAAUAAUCAGCUGCAAGGCCAUCUUCCCGAGUCAAUUCAAAACCUUGUGAACCUCACAACUCUUGAUCUUUCUUUCAAUAAUUUAAGUGGUAGUGUGGAUGUCAGCUUCUUUUCAGACCUCAAACAUCUUUCAUCUCUUGGUAUUUCAUAUAAUAGUAUCUCAUUCACAAAUGAAAACAAAGUUAAUUUUACUUUGCCUGAAUCACUUGUGUACUUACAGUUGGCUGCCUGUGAAGUGAAAGAAUUGGAGUUUCUAGGAUCCGCAAAGAAGCUUGAGCACUUGGAUCUUUCUAAUAAUAAGCUUCAAGGAAGAUUUCCAGAUUGGGCAUCAUCUAACUGGAUGUUUUCAUUGAACAGUCUUAAUCUAUCCCACAACAUGCUGACAAGUGUGGACUUAACUCCUUUUCAAUCUCUAAAAACAAUUGAUUUGCGAUCCAAUUCUCUUCAAGGGUCCCUAUCUAUGCCACCAAAUUCCACAACAUACUUCUUCAUAUCAGAAAAUAAUCUUAGUGGAGAAAUUCCUUCAUCUAUUUGCAACUUGACAUCAUUGGUAAUGCUAGAUUUGGCGAGAAACAACUUGAAGGGAGCAAUUCUGCAAUGUUUGGGUAAUAUCAGUAGCCUCCAGGUUCUGGAUAUGCACCACAACAGUCUUACAGGGACUAUUCCAACAACUUUUAGAUUUGGAAGUUCUCUGAGAAGCCUCAACUUGCACGGAAAUAAACUAGAGGGGAAAAUUCCCCAAUCUUUGGCCAAUUGCAAAGAGUUGCAUGUUCUUGAUUUAGGAGAUAAUCAUCUCAUUGAUAUAUUCCCGAUGUGGUUGGGAACUCUUCCAAAGCUGCAAGUUUUAAGCUUGAGAUCCAAUGAAUUGCAUGGGUCCAUUAGAACUCCAACGAUUGAAAACAUAUUUCCUAAUCUUCAAAUGUUAGAUCUCUCUUCCAAUGCCUUCACAGAAAACUUACCAACGGGUUUGUUUCAACAUUUGAAAGCCAUGAGGACAAUUGAUCAAACUAUGAACGCACCACAUUAUGAAGGAACUGAUGGAUAUUACCAAGACUCGGUAGCUGUCGUAUCUAAGGGAUUUGAGCGUGAAAUUGUGAGAAUCUUGUAUUUGUACACCGUUAUCGAUCUUUCAAGUAAUAAAUUUGGAGGGCAGAUUCCAAGUAUCAUGGGGGAACUCAUUGCAGUUCACAUAUUGAAUAUAUCACAUAAUGGAUUGGAAGGUCAUAUACCGUCAUCACUUGGAAGUUUAUCUUUGGUUGAAUCAUUGGACCUGUCAAGUAACCAUCUUGUAGGAAAUAUACCAGCACAAUUUGCUUCUCUUACAUCUCUUGAAGUCUUCAAUCUUUCCUACAAUCAUCUCGAAGGGUGCAUUCCUCAAGGAAAUCAAUUUCAGACCUUUGAGAACAAUUCAUAUGAAAGUAAUGAUGGAUUACGUGGAUUCCCACUUUCAAAAGGCUGUGGUGAUGAUUCAGUAUCAGAGACAAAUGAUACCGUUUCUGGACUAGACGAUGAAGAAAGCAAUUCUGAAUUUCUGAAUGAUUUUUGGAAAGGUGCUCUUAUGGGCUACGGGAGUGGACUAUGUAUUGGACUAUCCAUAAUAUAUUUCAUGAUUUCAACUGGAAAACCAAUGUGGCUUGCAAGAAUCAUUGUAGAGCUGGAGCACAAAAUAAUGAUGGGAAGGAGAAAGAAGCAGCGAAGGCAAAGGAAUUACAGAAAAAGAAAUAAUCAGUUAUGA